UUCGUCUAAUCGAGCGUGUACGUUGCUGUGAUAAACAAAUUAUAAAUCGCAGCCAUGGUGCGUAUGAACGUUCUUAGCGAUGCUCUCAAAUCCAUUAACAACGCUGAAAAGCGUGGAAAGAGACAGGUGCUCUUAAGGCCCUGCUCCAAAGUGAUUAUCAAAUUUUUGACUGUUAUGAUGAGAAAAGGAUACAUUGGAGAAUUCGAAAUUGUUGAUGAUCACCGCAGUGGAAAAGUUGUAGUAAAUCUCAGUGGAAGGUUAAACAAAUGUGGUGUUAUUUCACCUAGAUUCGAUGUUCCAAUUAAUGAUAUCGAAAAAUGGACGAACAACCUUUUGCCAUCUCGUCAGUUUGGAUAUGUUGUCUUGACCACCAGUGGAGGAAUUAUGGAUCAUGAAGAAGCUAGAAGGAAACAUCUUGGAGGAAAAAUACUUGGAUUUUUCUUUUAAUUCUUAUUUAAGUGAAUAAAAAUUUCAUAAGAUGAAAAAA